CCAUUUUCAAGGUUUUUAGUUGAUACGCAAACGCUUUAGCGACAUGUGCCGUCUACGCUGUUCACUGAGCCUGCUACUCAGCCUGCUGUGCCUCACCAGCGCCAAGCUGGACAACUGCAACCGGGAGUCGCCGACACUACUCUGUCGCGGCGAGAAUGCCUUGAGGAACGUGCUCCGUAAUCUGAGCAAGAGCGACAAACCCCUGGUUCUAAUGCGGGGACUGGAGAUUGUGCCACUUCACAACGAAACCACUGAGAAUGAGUUGGAGGCGCCACACUCUGCAGAUGGGGAUACAACGCUGCUAGACUGUGUGUCCACCUAUUUACGUACGCAUGAGCUGAACUUAAAGCUGGCCGAUUUGCUGGAGGACACAAGCGAUGGCCAAGUGGCAGAGGCACGCAAAAAGGACAAAGGACAGGGCAUGCUUCUGGCCAUGGCGCUAAUGUUUGGUAAAAUGAUGGCCGUGCUUGGACUGGGUGGAAUUGGGGCGCUGGCUAUGAAGGCGCUGGGCGUGGCCAUGAUGGCACUGAUGAUGGCCGGCAUUGUGGGCCUUAAGUCUGCGGCACAGCAUGGCAACGAGUCGAGUCACAGCAUCUCCUACGUUACAGGCGAGGGACAUCAUCAUAAGAGACGCCGCCGUGCGGCACGCCACCUGCAAGUGGUUAACGAGCAACCUUUGGCUUAUAGGUCUUGGGCGAUCUAAGUUAACACUACUCGCAUAUUUGUUACCAUUUACGUACGUUUAGGUUAAACUAAUUUAUUAUGACAUGCAACAAUACAAAA